AUGGUACCAUUGGCAUAUUAUGAUCAACGCUUUGUGCCAUUAGAACACUCUUACCAACUGGCCACAACCAAUUCAUUAACACAUCAAUACGCAGGUGAAAAACUAAAUCAAUCCAAUAACAAGCCGGUGGUCAGAGUGCAGUCUCCUAGGAAUCACCUUGCAGCACUUCCAGGUAUCUCUAAGCAGAUGGUGCAGAGCUGCUCAGUAUUGUCCUCUGCCAAGUCUCAGGACACAAUUUCACAGGGCUUCUAUAGCAAGGUUCUGAAAGCACCAGUAUCCCAGUCCAAACGUCAGGCCACACCUUUACUAGACCUCCACCAGAGAACUUCACUGUGGCCUAAUCUGAGAGCCCUGAGCUCAUCUGGGAUACAUCAUAAACCUCAGACAACAUCUUCCCUUGACCUUAAUAAGACAUCUUCAUCACUGGAGUCCAGCCAAACAAAUUUGAGCUCACAAUUACCCCUCCCCAAACCUCAGACUACAUCUUCACUAGACUUUUGCUGGACAUCACCUUCACAGAAGUCUAAUCAAAGAGUCUCAAGUUCAUCAUUAUUCCCCUCCAAACAUCAAGAAACACCUCCCCUAAACAUCCUCUGGACAUCAUCUUCUUCGGGAUCUAAUCAAAGAGUGCUUAGCUCAACAUUACCACAAGCCAAGCCUCAGAAAGCAUCAUCAUUGGAUAGCCUUUGGACAUCUUUAUUAGAGCACAAUCAAAGAUCUUUGAGCUCACCAUCACUCAACUCUACACCUCAAAUAAAUGACUUACUUCAGUCAUCACGUUCAUUGGAAUCCAAUCAAAUGGCUCUGAGCUCACCGUUACCUGACUCUAGACCUCAGACACCACCUGCACCGAAUUGUAGUUCCUGUGUUCUGAGCUUACCAUUGUCCCACUCAAAACCAAGGAAAUCACCUUUGGCACAUUCUGUCCGCCAGACUCAGAGUUUGCCAUUGUUCUCACCCAAAUCUCAGAAGGUGCUUACACUUAAUCACGACUUCAGGACCCUGAGCUCACCAGUUUGUCACUCCAACUUUCAGAACACCUCUUCACCAAAUGACAAACAGAAAGCCACAGAUUUAUCUUCACCGCAUUCUAAGCCAAAUGUCUCAGGUCCAUCAUUAUCAAGCUCCAAACAAUUUAUCAGAAAUAUAGCUGCUUCAACACUGGGCUCCAGAUUCCAGAAUAAAAGCAGCUUUGAUCUUUGUGCAAAGACAAAAUCAAAUAAAGAAAUUCCAUGGAGCUUAAAUUACAUUUAUCCCUGCAUUGUUAAAGGUGGAACUGUCCCUGAUGAUGUCCUCAAUAAAAUUGUCAAUUCUAUCUCCAAGACCAGAAUCCAGAAGGAUCUCUGUAGGCAGGUUCUCUUUCGAAGGAUGAGGGGAAGGCCAAAUCCUUAUCCUGGUCCCCGCCUUUCAUCAAAUUAUGUGGUUUGUUUAGCUUGUGCUUCCUGCAUAAAAUCUCAGUGUAACCAUCUUACAGGAAGGAAAGACCCUCGCAGUGCAACGCUGUUUGUCAUACCAACACCUGAACUUGGUUCUGAGGGAGAAAUGGAAGUGAAAUUAGUUUUUCUCCUUUCCCUACCAGAGACUUCUCUCUCUUCUUGUUUCCCAUCCCCUGUGAAAGAAAAUCGGCCUGAUGAAGCUCCUGAAGCCAACCUUGAGGGAAUGGAGAAGAUACAAAUUUUCUCUCCAUCUGAACCUGAAAUCACACGAGAGCUAAAUAACAAAUGGCGGACAGCAGCCGCUGUAAACAAAGUUCUACAGCCAUACCAAUUGCUCUAA